AGCCUCGCCGGACCGCGCUAGCGUUGCUGCAGAAUGGUCAGUUCAUUUGUGUGAUUAUUUCCUAUUGAGUGCUGUGGUGUCUGUCUUUAGUUCUGUUCCUUCUCUUCUAUUCUUAGUUAUAAGUCUUUCUUCCAUCAUCUACUAAUCAUAAUGGCAAUAUUGGGGGCGGCAUCAGCCCUGCCCUCAUACAUCGCAGUACCAGCAGAUCAAAUAGCAUUCGUGGACCUAACAGCGCUGCGAGCGAGGCGGGUCCCAAGACAGACCCUGGAGCCUCCAGCUCUUCCACAGGCUCUAUACAAUGAUGACUAUCAACCAAUACCAUUGGAACAAUACAAUCAGCCGACCGUAGCACUGGCCCCGCCACCUUUACCAGAAGCACCUGCAAGGAUUCAAGCACAAGAUAACAGUCCAGCCGCCCUCGGCGCUAUAUCUCAAUACGCAGAGAGACCCUCAGACUUCGGGGAAUACGUAGACUUUGGGGCCCAUACAGGAGAUAACGGCGCGUUUGGGUGGUAUGCCGACUAUCCAAUCAGCAACGGACAAAAGAAUUAGGAUAGAACACAGCAUUUAAAUCAAUCUUGCCAUCAUGGCAUGUUACCAAAGACCUAUUCAUGAUGAGUGCUGUUAAUUUAUACUUUUAAGCAGAAUUACCGCACAUUUGUUUUAGACGGUUAAUUCCGCUGUACACUCUUGGUAUAAGAAAUAUUUUUUUUUUAAUUAUUAACUGAAAUAAAAGUUCCUGAAGUAUUUUUAGGUUUAAACAAAGUACACUGUGAUAUGCGCCUGGUAGUUCAUUAUUGUUUCUUCACACUAUCAUUAACACUUGCCUGUCUUCUUCUCACUAUCAACGCUUGCUUUGAAUUUCAUUAAUUUAAAAUUAAAAUUGCACAUAAUGGCACUAUGUCUUCAGCUAUCACUCACUUUUCCUUUUUUUU